GAGUUGAUCCAAUUCCCAAACUGAUCGUCAAAAAAACCAAAAACCACAAAAAAACGAACGAACGAACCAUGAAGACCAGGAAACAGCAACAAGCACUGACUAUCAGCGACUCAACUCAACCACAACCAACAACCAAGACAAGAACAACGAGACAACCAGUAGUAAUGAUAUACCAACAGAAACAAAAACAACCAACAACCACAAAAGAUCACAAUCAGAAAUGUAAAGUGAUCAUCCCAAAACUCAAGAUACCUCCAACUAACCAGAUUAACCAAACCUGGGAUCCAACUCAAUUAGAAUCAGAGAUUCAGGAUAAACGACAAUCUACCAAACGAUGGGUCGACUUGACUCGAACGUAUACUUAUCCAAACGAAAUUAACACAGCACCAGAAGAAGAAGAAGAACUACCAGAAGAACAAUUAUUAGAACCAGAAGAAUUAGCGGGGUCAGAAGAAUUAGCGGAACCAGAAGAAUUGCUCCAACCGAAAGACGUAGAAGAGCUUCAUAAAACGGAACAGAAAAUAAAUCAUGAAAGCAGGAGAAGCUUGAGUGAAGAAGAAGAAGAAGAGGAAGAAGAGGAUGAAGAGGAAGGGCGACCGACUGAAGAGCCAACUCAGCCGAACAUCCCACGAUCCGAAUCCACCCUAGAAUACCUCCAACUUCCGCCCGCCUCAUCAGCCUCCACGAGUCAGAAGACCGCAUGUCGAUCUCCGGCCAGAGAUCUAGCCCACGAAGCAGAUUGUUGUAAUACGCCUACCAACAAGAAACGAAUCCAUGAGCACGAGCACCAAACCUCUCCUGAGAAUCUCUCCUACCGAUCUGAGCCAUCCAGUGAUCCCAAGAAGGCUCGCACGACUUCUUAUCCCGAGCCAUCAUCAUCUAAGCCCGGCCCUAGUCGACUUCCUCACAAGCCUUCCUCCGCUUCAAGACUUUUGACAAACGUACGAAGCACUCGUCCGACCACACCCUCAGGAUACGACGAGGAAGGAGAUCCGUUCGGAUUCAUCCACCAUGCCCAGCAAGUAGCUCGGCCAACCAACGACACCCAUCAACCUCACCAUCAUUCUCCUCCUCUUGACCAUCAUCACCAGCUUCCUUCUGGAGAUAAUCAUAACCUCUCCGAUCUCUCGCUCGCUGACUUGCUCAACCUCCCCAAAAAAUCCACGAAACAAAAGAAGAAUGCAGUCCCGAAGAAACCCGAGCUUCGCAAAACUUCGUCUUCUUCACAUCCUGUCCAUCGAACCCGUCGAUUGCCUGUCCACAAAUCUGGCAAAGUCGAUAUCCUUAACAAUCACAAUAAGAUCAUCAAACCUUCUCUUUCUUCUUUGGACAAGAAAAGGAAGGGAAAGAAGAAGAAAGAAAUCAACAAUGAGAAUGAUGAAGUAGAUGAGCAAGAAGAGGAACUGCAAGAUCUGCCAAGCCCAUCCUCCUCUUCAUCAUCAGCAGCAUCGUCUUCUUCUUUUUUGCCUGGUCGGACGGGCCAGCGGCGGGAGCGGGUGUUGGAACAAACGACGGAUAGGGAUCUGUUAUCGUCUACUGACCAUCAUUCUCCUCCUCCUGAAUCGUCGUCCUCGACGACGUCAUCCGCAUCAGCAUCGACCCGGAAGAUCCUCGCAUCCAAAGAAAACAUGAUCCGUCAAACUCGAGCUUCUCGUCGUCCUACUGCCCGAACCCUGAAACCGAGUAAGAAAACAAAAUCUUUGAAGCAGAAGACAAACGAACCGAAGAAGAAGAGUACUCGAAAAAGCCGUCAAGAAAAGGGGAAAGCCUCUCGAAGCUCGAAGAUCGUUUCUGCUGUUUCUGUGGAUCCCUUAGCGUCGGAGGCGGAGAAGGACAGACAAGCCGCUAGGUUACGAUACUAUGAGGCGCUCGACCAGGUCCAAUUCGAGGAAGAAAUCGUCAUAUGAUUUCAGUCUCUUGAUCACAUCCACCACACACACACAUAUAUAUAUAUACCUUAUACUCUAGCGAUCACCCUACAUUGGACAUCUCCCCCCCUGUUCCCUCAUUUAUUGUACUUGAUAUCCCGCCCUUUGCUCUGUCUUUGGCUCCUUUUUUUUCGGUAUCGGGGCGGCUGCGGCUGGGGGCGCAGCCGAGAAGGGGCUGAUAACGCGCUUCGGUGAUUGUUCAUUCUUGUGUACCAACAAAAAAAAAGCAGUAUGUAGUUGUUGUAGUUAUUAAAAGUCUUAGAGAUUAGUCGAGGUUGAGGGGUUCGAUGAUGCUUACACUUACACUUACACUUACACUUAGUGUAUGCACAUAUAAACAGCAUAAGAUUUACUUAUUUUACAUGCAUGUAUAAUUUGUACAUCUAAUAAAACUUUGGAUGAAGAUGCGUGGAGGUUAUGUGCUACAGAUGGGAA